GAGCGCUAGCGAGCGGGCAGACAGUCAGAGAGAGACGGUGCGGCGCGGAUUGCUGUUCGGCUGACGAUGCUGCUGACGUACCACGUUGACGGAUUGACGGGCUCCGGAGCGCAUGAUCAGCUGGUGCCCAGUGCGUCGCCGCCGUUAGAGUUUAUGUCGGAGCGCACACACAUGAUGCACCCGCCCACAGCAGCACAACAGGCAGGGGACGAGAUGAGCACAGUUCUGCAGAAGAGCUGGGGCCCGCCGCGCCUCGACCCGCCCGAGGGGACCGACAUGGACACACUCCCCGACAACUACAUGGAGAUGGCCGACCAGCCGCGCAGAGAGUCCGCCUCGCAGAUCGACGAGUUUUUCACGUCGGCGGCGCGGCGGCGCUCGUCGUUCACAGCCAUUCUGUCGGCGCUGCACGGCCGAGAUGAGGACGACGUGUUCGUCAAGCCGGAGCCGGAGCCGGAGCCGGAGCCGGAGCCGGCGCCGCUGGCCGGCCUGCCGCCCGUGCAGGCGCCCCUGCCGCCGCUCUACCCUUCAGCGCUGCCGCCGCCCGAGCCGCGGUUCGAGUUCACGGCUCCGGCCGCGCCGCCGCCGCACCCGCCGCCGCCGCACAUCAAGUGCGAGCCGGGCGUGUACAGGAUGCCGUCGGGUUUCGGGGCUCCUCCGACCCAGGGCUACCACCCGGCGGGGUACGGGGGCGGGCCGCCGUACCCGCUGCGCUGCUACCUGCCGCCGACACCGCCCCACUCUGACCCCGGCUCGGCCAGCCCCGAGCAGCUGGCGGCCGCCGGCCGGCGCACGCCGCCGCCCCCCUACCGGCGCCACGUGGGCUGGCCGCCGGCGCCGACACCGCACCACCACCCGCUGGCCGCCGCUGUCGACGGCAGGCACCUGUCGGCUCCGACGGCGGCCACCAGCAUAGCGCCGCCGCAGGCCACCGAGCCGCGCCGCUACAACCGCCGGAACAACCCCGAGUUGGAGAAGAGGCGCAUCCACCGCUGCCACUUCACAGGCUGCACCAAGGUGUACACGAAGAGCUCACAUCUCAAGGCGCACCAGAGAACCCAUACAGGCGAGAAGCCCUACCUGUGCUCGUGGGAAAACUGCAACUGGAGCUUCGCACGCUCCGACGAGCUGACGCGCCACGUGCGCAAACACACCGGCGCCAAGCCGUUCGUCUGCAAAACCUGCCAUCGCGCCUUCGGCCGCUCCGAUCAUCUGGCGCUGCAUCGUAAACGACACGAGCCCAAGGCGAAGAAGUAGCAGCGGGCGGCGGGAGGGGCGUCCAGGGAGACGCCCGCUCCGGAAGGUGCCCCGCACAGGUCAGCGGCACCGCUGCAGAUGUACCGAGAGGGGCGGGCUGGGGAUUCGAGCGGUAGGUAGACUUCAUAGUGUUAGUGAUGUGGAUUUUGAUAGGUGAUAAGGUGCAUGAAAAAGUGUACGAAUGGUUUGUAGGAGGAAAAGGGUUACAUGUGUUUCUAGGGAAAGUGUCACCAAACAAUAAGAAGUGCAUCAAAAUCAGAUCUAAGCCGUAAGCUCCAUAUCAAAUCAAAUCAAAGAAGAGGCUCGCUGCACUAAGUGCCAUACAUGUGCCAAUUGAUCAUUUUCACAGUUGUCCGUAGCAGCAGACGAGGGCAGCCUCUUGUGCCGACCGUCGUACACUGACAGCCGGUUGCUGACGGGCAGUCACCGCUGGACCCGAGUCGGGUCGCCGGGGCCGGCGCUGCGGCCGGCGCGGCUGCCCUGAGGGGUGUCGCACCGGCCGCGCCGCCGGCCGUAUGAGACCCAGUGGCCGAGCCGCUGGGCCGAUGAGGCGACUCUUGGAGUGUCGCCGGUGCCGGUGGCCAGUCUUCAGGUAUCGCCCCGCCGCCGCCGCCGCCGCCCGGGUCGGCCGCACCGCGCCGCCCUCCCCGCGGGGACGCCGCCCGCGCCGCCCGCCGUCCGCCGUCCGCCGCCGCGCCGCCCGCGACAGAGACGGCUGCUGACCGCCACUGUCGCGCCGCGGGCCGGCACACCACGUACGGACGCCCUCCGUAUGGUGCCGCGCCCGGGACGUACGCGCACUGCGCGCAGUAUGUCUGUAUUUAGAGCGCGCUCGGCGGCAGUCGGCGCCGGCGCCGGCCGGGCCCGUGUCCCCGCGGCGGAGUCGCUCCGCGCGCCGCCGCCCCGCCAGGCCGCCGCGGCCGCCGGUGGCUGACCUGACCUGACCGCCGCCCCCGCGCGCACCCAGACCGACCGAGUACCGGCGGUGCUGCCGUCCGCUCCCGCGUGUCCCCCACGACCGUCCGCCACAGUCGCGGCCAUCUCAGCCGAGCCAGCGCGCCAGUCGCGUCUGACCUCGGCCCCUGCCCCGCUCGGCAAUCGUGUUCAAUACUCACAGGCAUACAUAGCUGGGCACCCGCCCAGCCAGUGCAGAGCGGCACUUCAGUUCAGUCAUUCCACAGUUCAUCAUGGUUCAGUCAUUCAGUUCAACAUUUUGUGCCAUCAUCUGUGUGCAAUACGCAUCAUGCUGUGAUUUAUACAUUCCACAAAAGGUAUAAUUUCAAGUGCCACAGAUGGCUUUAUGCGGCCGUGACUUCUGAAGAUAUGUUAUUCUGGUGACGUUUGGGCAGAGAGGUGAGAGAGGAUGAUAAGGCACGAAUAUUUGUCAAGUGCCGUGGACGAGAAUAGAAGCGAAUGAUUGUCCGUAAGAAAGAGCUGUCUUGCUUGUUAGGCGUCGUUGUUCUUGUUCUGUGCUGAGUAGCUGUGAGUAAUUUUACGAGGUGCCAUUUUGCAUUUGACGCCCAGAUGAAGGCUUCACAGUGGUGUACAAUUUUGGUACAAGCUUUAUAUGUUACUGUAAAUGGCUAACCUACUGACAAUAACGCCAACCACAAAGACGUAAUUCAAAGAACACACUAACUGUAGGCGUAGGCUAGCUUCCGGUAAACAUCAUUCCCUGACUGAGUAGAACUAUCUCCUGUUUUUGUUUGAUAACAAGUGCGCCGUGCGCUCUGGCCUCUGCUGGCUCUGCUUACCAGACGUACCGUCAGAAGUAUCGUCCGGUCCUUCCUCAACUGCAUAUGCCUGCCAAUCCUCAGCUGCCCGUCCUCCCGGUCUUUUGCUGCCCGUCCAUCCACAGCUAUGGUUCAGGUCUGCUGAAGCUAUGUGCUGCCAGUCAAUAUACAGAGAUGUUCAAUGUCCAUCCCUCCAAACCACAGCUCCGUGGAGUCAAACGGCGAUCAACAUCCCAAACCAGUGCCGUUCAUUGACUGCAGUCCAUCGGGCCAGUCGUGGAGAUCAAUUACAUCGUCUACCAGGCUAGCAAUGAACCUAUAAUUCCACCAUCCACCAGGUUGACCGUGCAUACCAAUUCCACUAUCCACAAGGCUAGCAAUGAACCGAAUUCCACUAUCCACCAUCCACGCCAGCAGUGCAGACCACCGUCCAUCAGCCCAGAAGCUGAAUUUUGUCAUCCACCAGACCAGCAGUGUAACUGAAUUCCACCAUCUACCAGCCAGGCUAGCAGUGCAGCCGAGUUCCACUAUCCACCAGGCCAGCAACUCAAUAUCAUCAUCCACCAGACCAGCAGUUUGGCUGAAUUCCAUCAUCCACCAGCCAGGGUAGCAGUGCAGCCGAGUUCCACCAUCCACCAGGCCAGCAACUGAUAUCAUCCUCCACCAGACCAGCAGUUUGGCUGAAUUCCAUCAUCCACCAGCCAGGCUAGCAGUGCAUCCGAGUUCCACCAUCCACCAGGCCAGCAACUGAAUAUCAUCAUCCACCAGACCAGCAGUUUGGCUGAAUUCCACCAUCCACCAGCCAGGCUAGCAGUGCAGCCGAGUUCCACUAUCCACCAGGCCAGCAACUGAAUAUCAUCAUCCACCAGACCAGCAGUGUAGCUGAAUUCUAUCAUCCACCAGCCAGGCUAGCAGUGCAGCCUUGUUCCACUAUCCACCAGGCCAGCAACUGAAUAUCAUCCUCCACCAGACCAGCAGUUUGGCUGAAUUCCAUCAUCCACCUUGUCAGCUGUGGACUGAUAUUUGCAUCCUGCCCCAAACCAGCAAUGCAGGCAGCUUUCAUCACCUACCAGCUCAGCAACGUGGCCCAAUUUCACCAUCGAUCAGGUGCCGCGCAGGUCAAUACCAGCAACCACUGCAGCCUAAAAGUGCAGCCUCUUUACAGCAUCCACCAGGCCAGCCGGGUGUGCAUCCUUUUCUGGUCGCCGAACAGGCAGAACCAUUUCAAACAUUCAAAAAUCCAUCAAACAGCUCUUUUCUGCCUGUCACCAGAUCAGCAAAGCAGACCGACUCCUCAAUCCAUCAGCCCGGCAUUGCACCCCACUCCACCAUACAUCAAACCAGCAGCACAGCCAGUUUCCAACCUGUACCGGACCAGCGAACAGCCCUGCCGCACCAGACGAGCUCGGUGCUGACGGCGCCGGCCGCUCAGCCACUGUCCCGGCGCCGUCUCGCUCGCAGCGCCCGUUUUCCCAUGUGCCGCUACCAUCGUGUCCGCAUGUGAGCGCCGCUGAGCCCUAUCUUAUCCGAGGAAAGUCAGGCAAUCAGUGUGUGGCCGCGCGGAAAACGGGCCGCUUGUGACACGUGGCGGCCCUGUCCGGCUCUCCUGCUGUUCCACCCGGCUGACGGUACCUGGCCAGACCCCCGCACCGCACCGCACUUCACCGCACCGCACCGCUCAGCGCAGAGACGCGCGCACAUCGGCCCAGGCUGGCCAACAAACUCCGCGCACUGUAAAUUGGUAGACGUCUAAAUCUAUCCAACCGAGUGAUCUUCCAACUCCAAAGCCAAAGGAUAAGCGUGCCUCCGUUUAGCGGCCCUCACGUCGCAGAGGUGUCCGGCGCGCUCGUUCGCGUCGGGAGUUAGCCCAGCGCUCAGGUCGCUACAGGCAGGACGACCACUACGCCAAUCGUAAUGGAUCUCAGGGUAACAAGUACAUACAUACAAACGCCAGCCAUGUCCAGUUCGGAGCCUGCCAACAGACUGUCAAAUGCUUGAGCUUUUUUGUUCUAAAAAAGCUCCAAGCGAGACAGGUGUGCGCUGCGCGCGCCUUGCUGCCGCUGCCGCCGGCCGCCGGCCCCCGAGCCGUGCCGAGCCGCAGUCAGCGGCAUCCAAGGCGCCCCGCGCAGCCGCCGGACGGGCACUGCCCGCCCCCGUCCGCAGUAUUACACACCGGCUCCGACUGGCCGCUGUGUCGGCCUCGCCGGGACCAUUUACACAGGCAGAGGGCCGUUCCGCCGGGCUGGCCCCGCGCGGUGGCCCGCACUCGCCACUAGACGCGCCAGCCGCUUUAUAUACACAUUUUUAUUUUUAGUUUUGAUGUUGUGAUGAUGCAUUAGAUUCGGCUUCGCGGCGUCUCGUGAAGAGUGUUUUAUGUCGCGGUGUUUGAAGCGCUGGUCGCCUGCUAUGAUCUGUGGGCCGAUACCGUGCCCUGCCGCUGUGGCGAGGAGGAGGAGGAGAAGUAGAACACACUCUGUGAUCUGUUCGUGAUGAGGCUAUGGUCCAGGGCCGUCCUUUGGUGUGACCGGGAACCCGGAGUCCCGUCUGUAGGCCGCAGGUUACGGCUGAACUGCCGUGCCGACUGUACUGCUCCGUACCGUGACGUGUACGGGUCGCACCGAGCCGUACCACGCCGUCCCGGGUCGUAAGGGACCGAACCGACCACUGCUGGUCGCUGGGAAGGUUUUCGCUGCCUCACCAAUGUAUUCGGGGGAAAUUCGUGCUGUGAAAAACGAGGGACCACAAAUGUUAUAUCUGCUCAAGCUGCUGGCAUUGCGCUGCCACUCGUUGCGUGCCCACUAUCGGAGCGCUCGCUGGGCAGCCGGCGCUCGGCGCUAAAGCAUCGCUUGCCAUCGGUUUGUGCUCGGUUCACGCCAGGCUGAGUCGGGUGAGCGCUGAGUCAGAGGAACUGAAGCGCGCAUUUUGGGACGGGGGAGGGGCAUAAGAGGAUUGUGGCUUGUUUUCCUGCGUAGGUACUGCACCUCGUUGUGUAGGCGUGCAUGGUUUACAUGUGUGGGGAUGUUUUUUGUCAUGGAGUGAUAGUUGGUGUAUAUCGUGGGAGCGGAUGGUUUUAGGCUUAGCCGAUGUAGGUGUAAGGCCACUGUAAAGUAAGGUGUUAGCUUAUAUGCGUGACAGAGGAGUGAAUGGCCAUCGCCGUGCAUUGCGCGCCGCUUGUUGUUUGCAAGGUAGUAUGAAUAGCGUGUGAACAUAAAAUGUAUGCGUCAGAUAAUUGCAAUUCGUCUCAGAUCACAAAUGUCUCCUGUGUGCACGUCUAAAAACCUUCCCACACAUCACACAACAUUGAUGCGCGUGAGCGAACGCCCUGACAUACAAACACGUAAGCGCACACCUCCAAGUGUAGCAUCGCGUUGGUCGUAUGAAGUGGUAUGAUGUGAGCAUAACUGCCUCUUAUCGUGUGACCGAUUGAUAGUGUGAAGUGAGUGAAACAAAACGUUCGAUUGUGCCGCGAUGUGGCUUGAAAUGUGUUACCUAUCUUCGGAACCAUUUGACGAAAGCUCGGCCACGUUUUUAUCGUAUGCGUGUUUGCGCGAUGAGCGGGAUACUGUUGACUUAGUUUCGUGUUAUGUUUUAAUCUGUCGGCGAAUUGGCUUCGCUAGUGGUAUAGAUAUGAGCUAGCUAAGUUGAGGCUUGUUUUUAGCUGAGUUCGUCGCGUGAUUGUUUCGACGCUUGCGUUUUCUGCUUUUUACUGCAUUGGGGAGAGCUACAUGUCAUGGGGUUUCAAGGGGCUCGCUUGGGUAGCGGACUGAGUGAGUGCAUUUUCUCAUGGUGUGCUGGUGAGCGAGAGCGACGCAUUCAUAAUAAAUUUACUAGUAUAUA